GCCGGGAGCAGGCCUGCUGAGCUCUUGGGAAAGACAGGAGCAGAUGCCUGAUGCCUUAGCCCACCUGUGACCCCAGGUGGGGUGGUGAGGGUGCGGGCUGGAGGCCUCUCUCUGCCUCAGGGGACCCUGGAGCCUGCAGGAUGGAGGGGGAGAGUAAGGAGAAGCUGGCAUCUGUGUCCGAUCUGGUGACUGUAUUUGAGAACAGCAGGGCGCCAGGAGCAGCGCCCGGGGCCCACCAUGCCGGGUGCAGGUCUCCCCCACCCGAGGGCCCGGGGGAGAAGCCCAGCGUCGAGGAGGCCCUGGGGUCCGGGCCCAGGACGGUCAGCAGGAGGUACCUGAGCUCCCUGAAGAACAAGCUGUCCAGUGGGGCCUGGAGGAAAUCUUGCCAGCUCAGCAGCUGCCCUGAGCCAGGGACACAGGAGCCUGAGAAGAGGAUCGUCCAGGAGCUGCUGGAGACCGAGCAGGCCUACGUGGCCCGUCUGCACCUGCUGGACCAGGUGUUCUUCCAGGAGCUGCUGGAGGAGGCCCGUAGCAGCAAGGCCUUCCCCGAGGACGUGGUCCGGCUCAUCUUCUCCAACAUCUCCUCCAUCUACCAGUUCCACGCGCAGUUCUUCCUCCCAGAGCUCCAGCGGCGGCUGGAUGACUGGUCAGCCACCCCCCGCAUCGGGGAUGUGAUCCAGAAACUGGCCCCCUUCCUGAAGAUGUACAGUGAGUAUGUCAAGAACUUUGAGCGAGCCGCCGAGCUGCUGGCCAUCUGGACUGACAAGUCUCCCCGCUUCCAGGAGGUUCUCACUCGAAUUCAGAGCAGCGAGGCCUCGGGCAGCCUGACCCUGCAGCACCACAUGCUGGAACCUGUGCAGAGAAUCCCACGCUACGAGCUGCUGCUCAAGGAGUACGUCCAGAAGCUGCCAGCCCAGGCCCCGGACCGGGCUGAUGCCCAGAAAGCCCUCGACUUGAUCUUCUCAGCCGCGCAACACUCCAACGCAGCCAUCAAGGAGAUGGAGCGGCUGCAGGACCUGUGGGAAGUGUACCAGCGCCUGGGCCUGGAAGACGACAUCGUGGACCCGUCCAACGCCCUGCUCCGCGAGGGCCCCGUGCUCAAGAUCUCCUUCCGCCGCAGAGACCCCACGGAGCGCUACCUUUUCCUGUUCAACAACAUGCUGCUCUACUGCGUGCCUAGGGUCAUCCAGGUGGGCGCCCACUUCCAGGUGCGGACCCGCAUCGACGUGGCCGGCAUGAAGAGAGGAAGGGAGGGCUUUGGGACCCUGGGCAAGAGGAUGGUGAAAGGCAAGAAGGAGUUGAUCGCCCGGUUCUUGGAUCCAUUUGAGGUGGUUCUCCCCCCUGUCCCCCCUUUAACGACUCCCUUGCCCUCUCCCCAGGCCUGCCAAGCAGCUAUUGACCAAAUCGAGAAGCGGAAUGAAACCUUCAAGGCUGCGGUGCAGGGCCCCGAGGGAGCCGCCCAGGGCCAGGAGCUGCAGUCAGAGGAGCUGGGCCUGCGGGCGCCACAGUGGGUCCGGGACAACAUGGUGACCAUGUGCAUGCGCUGCCAGGAGCCCUUCAACGCCCUGACGCGCCGCCGCCACCACUGCCGGGCUUGCGGCUACGUGGUGUGCGCCAGGUGCUCCGACUACCGGGCUGAGCUCAAAUAUGACGCCAACAGGCCCAACCGCGUCUGCCUCCGCUGCUACACUUUCCUCACCGGCCACGUGCUCCCUGAGGACAAGGAGGACAAGAGGCGGGGCAUCCUGGAGAAAGGGUCCACGGCGGGGGCCGAGCGGAGCCUCAUGAGCAGCUUCCUGCAGCUCGCCGGGGACAAGUGGGGCAAGAGCAGCACCCGGGGCUGGUGUGUGAUCCCCCGGGACGACCCCCUCGUGCUCUACAUCUAUGCGGCCCCCCAGGACAUCCGGGCUCACACCUCCAUCCCCCUGCUGGGCUACCAGGUGACCACGGGGCCCCAGGGGGACCCCCGAGUCUUCCAGCUGCAGCAGUCCGGCCAGCUGUACACCUUCAAGGCCGACACCGAGGAGCUGCGGGGCCGCUGGGUGAAAGCCGUGGAGCGGGCGGCCAGCGGCUGGAGCCCUGGCGACCCCGAGGACGGAGACCUGUCUGACUGAGCCCAGCGGCCGCUCUCCCGCUCAGGGCCUGGCUCCUGCCACGGCUGCCCCGGGGCCUCUGACCACCACCCCACACUGAGCCCAGUCGCUCUCUAGUUACCGGUGCCCAGGCCGUGUGUCCCGAUUUGGUGACCGAGCCUCCGGUUUGCCCAGCCCUGAGGGGGAUCCCGGGGCAUGGGCCUUUCAGUGGUAAAGCCGGAAUGUCCGAGGUCACCCGGGCGGCUGGUCACCAGUGUGGUUCUCACCUUGGGCUGCACGUUAGUAUCACCUGGGGUCUUUCAAACAGACCCCUAGAAAUAGAAAAAUAAACUAAAAAUUGGAAAUGCCA